AUGUGUCAAUCACCGGCGAACGAACGUUCAGAGAAAGCGGUCAAUGUGGAGUGCGCAGUGACCGCAAUUGCAUCUCCUCGUCAUUCGCGCCCAUUGCGUCGUGGUGGCCACGGUGGUGGUGGUGGUGGUGGCGGUUGUGGUGGAACACCGGCGGUACGUGUUUACCCCAAUCUGCACCCCACCAUCACCCUGAAUCUCUGUGUCUUUUCUCGAUUUAGCUCAGCGCACGUCAGAUACCGCUCACAAGGGCUAUCCGUUCACAGACAUAAUCGUCUCUCCAAUCCACCUCCACGACAUGUUCGGUAUCUAUCGUACACAGCAAACAAGUGA